CUACGAGCGCUCUCUCCUCUCUGCAAUGCUCUCAACUCGGAUGUCAUUGGCAGCAACGCGACCAAUGACAUCCACGCCGGCCGCGUAGCCCCGUCGACAUCCGGCUCCCCCGUGCCCGUCAGGCUGUUGUCGACCCCUAUGGUCAUCCUCCUGAACACACAGCAGCACAGGCAACAGAACAAAAAGCAUCAACAGGCAGGCAGGCAGGCCGGCCGGGAGCAGGCAGUCCUUGCUGACCCUUCCAUAGGUAGGGGGGAAAUCGUGUGGGGUGAAGAAGAUGAACCAUUGCUCACGCGGAGGGGGCCGAGACUGCAAUGAAUGACGCACACCAAGACACACACACAGAAAGGUGAGAUCUUCCACUGCAGCAGCGGAUGGUCUUACCUUUGAGGAUAGGCGUGGGAUGACCGCCUGUGGGCGGAUGUAACGCGACUCGCACCAUUCAGACACCAUCCGGGUGCUCCUCCACCGCACACGCACACGCAGUGCAUUGGUGCCCACCACCGCACAGUCUGACCGGACAAAUAUACACACACACACACACACAUACACACCGGCUUUUGGACAUAUGUGUGUCUGAGUAUUGUGUCUUGUGGCUGGUUGCUCACGGACCGUUGAUUCUGCUCCUCUCGGCCCCUUGUCCCCGCCACAAGGAAAGGAUGCGCAGCAUCAGCGUCGGUUUGCCGAUGCUCCGGGCGAUGUUGCCGGCCACCUUGGGGGGUGCUUUCUAGACAGACACACAUUCCACCACGUCACUAGCCCCAUUCCUCCCGCUCAGCCAUGUACCAGCGACCCUGGCAGCGGUCUCCUUCCACGCUAGCGGCACCAACGUCGCCCUGUCGGCACCCGUCACGAUUUGGCAACCGGACCACCAGAGGAUCCUCCUUGGAGUCACCCAUUCCGAGUCGCGUAUUGGUGUGCCAUCCUGAGCGACCAAUACGAGGUCUUGCGCCUUCCAGAAGUCACCAAAAUCAACCUGCUCUCUGAACCGCUGAAAGACGCCCAUUGCUUGAGAGCUGUCGGCAGCCGCGACGACUUGCUGCUUGAAGUUGAUGAGCAGCUGCGUAUCUGUCAGCCAGCCAGCGCAUCGUUGUUAUGUUGUGCUGUGCUGUGGUCCUGGACUAGUUACCUCUGUGUGGUCCAGAGAGAGGAACACGGUGUCGGCUUCUGCGUCGGUGGGGAGACGGGGCACUGGCCUGCGUGGUGGCCUGCGUGAGGGAAGGAGUGGGCCCACAGCUGCACAACAUGCAAAUGUCACACGUCCUUGCCCACCUGCUCCUGUUCCUGUCGUCGUCAUCGCAGGGGGGCCGGGUGACCCUGAAUGAACAACCACCCACACACACACGACUGCGAGUCGUCGGUCCGCCGGCUGAGCUGGUGCGACUUACCGAUAGCCUCAGCUGAUGGGCCUGGUAGCGUGCUCCAUUCUGGGUGUGUGGUCGACAAUGCCGCAGCAUCAGCUGACAGGACAAAACGCAUCCAGCAGAAUGAAUGUGGAUGCCAUGAUCUGUCUGCCUCUCUUCAGACGCACCGCAGAAUGGGUCAUCCCUCUCAAACAGCACCAAACUCAGUGAACCAGCAGCAGCAGCUGGAGGACAAACAAGACGGCACAGAGCAGCAGGUCAGGUGGAGAGGGGACUGGGGGAGGUGUGGACUCGGGAUGGGCCGGGCUGAACGGCAGGUGGUUCGGGUGACGGGUAGGGAUACGGCACGCCGUGGCUCGCUAGUAGUAAGCGUGCUGCCUCCCGUGUCUGUCGGUCCACACCACCACUGCUGCCGGCGGCACAUGCCAAACCACCUGAAGAAUCCGGCACCCACCCUUGCCGUCCAGCAGCUUGGUGACGGUCUCGACGUGGUAGCCAAUCUGCUGUUGUGGGGCAGCCGGGGCAGCAGCGGGCGAUGUGGGUGUGGGCGAGAGGGAGCUGCUGCUGCCGCCAUCGAUGCUGCUGGUGGUGGUGGUGAUGAUGAUGAUGACGCUGGCGGGUGGCUCUCGAUCUUUUUCUGGACGUAACGAAGGUCCCGAAUGGCCUGAUCCACAUUCACACGUUGUGAGGCAUUACUUGACAUACAUACGUACGCAUGGAAGUCAUUCUCACCUUCUUGAUCAUCAGCUCCGGCUUUCGCUUUGGUACCAGCUCCAUUAUCUUCUCCACACCUUCAGCAGCCGACGAUCCACAUCCUGCCUCUUGGCGAAGCCCAGAAGGGCCUUCGCCGCUCACCACACGUCUCGGUUUCCGUCGAGAAAUGCAGGGCCCUGAGACGGACGCACAAAGCGAACAGGCAGACGCAUCAUGCGAACAUUCAUUCAUUGUAUUCACCUCGUCGGCUGGAUUCUUGGAAAGGGUACGAGCCGCCCUCGUCGGAAAACGGGGUCGGCCUGACCCGAUCCAGGUCGAUUAGGACUGCCUCGCUCCCGCCGCCGCCCUUCGACCGAAUGCCUAUGUUCGGCUCCUGUGAAUAUGUCAAGAUAUGGCACACACGCACACACAUAAAGACGCGCACACACACACACACACACACACAAACACACAGAGAGAGAGAGAGAGUGAGGUUUGGAAGGUAAGCUCAUCCCAUCCCAUCCCAUCCCAUGCGGCCCUUCAAGUAGUCCUUACAUGGAUAUCGCCGUGGAUCAGGCUGGGCCUCAACCUGUCGAAAUGCAGGAGGGCCUCAAACACCCCACAGCAGAUAUCCACCACCGUCGCCAUCGGCUGCUUCUCCUCGAGCUGGUUGAGUGUACCUGCACGGCGUCGCACGUAGUGUGAAUCUACGUGUGAGAUGUUGUGUGCCAGUACGUGCCUCCAUGUGUUUGUCUGUCUGUCUGUCUUUCGGUUGGCUUACCGGCCAGCCAUUCCAU